UUGAAAUAUUCAAGUGGAACCAUGCGAAUUGAUCAAAAACAGAACGUGACAUAAGUUAAUAUAUUCUAAAAUUAACCAAAAAAAAUGUUCAGAGUGAUCGCAGUUCAAUUUUUGACCGAUUAAAUCGCAACUCAAAAACAAUCUGUGCAAUAAAUAAGUAUUCACAAAUAAUUUCAAGCCGUAAAAUAGUUACCUGAAAAAAAUAUAUUUCAAAAACCAAGAGCGAAUAAUUUCGCAUCUACCAUCAAUUGAAAACGGGAAAGCAACUGAGCAAAAUGGACGAAGAAAGAAAAACCGGCGAUAUAUAUUUGAGGCAAGUUCAAAAUCCACGUGAAAUUAUGGACUUUUUUGAGCGAAACGUCAUCGGCGCAACUGCCCUGACUUACGGUCCCUUCGGCCCGCGACAAAUGACGUACGCGGAUUUCACAGCGUCAGGCCGAUCACUUCGCUGCAUUGAAGACUAUAUCAAGUUUCGAGUGCUUCCUUGGUACGGGAACACGCACACUGAGUCAUCCUACUGCGGACUUCAGACGACAAUACUUCGCGAGGAAGCACGAGAUGCAAUCCGAAUGUCCUGCAACGCGCCAAAAGACGAAUACGCUGUCAUUUUCACCGGAAGUGGGUGCACAGCAGCCAUGCACAAAAUGAUAAACGUCCUUGACAUCAACGAAAACAAUCCGGCCAUUUUGUUCAUUGGACCUUUUGAACAUCACAGCAACGUUCUGCCGUGGCGUGAGAACAAACACGUCGAGCUGAUCACAAUCAAUUUCAACAAGUUCGGCGAAUUUGACACAGAUCAAUUGGAAACUAAUUUGAAGAAAUACAAAUCAGAUCCGAGAAGGAAAAUUGGGUCUUUUGCCAAAUCAAGCAACAUCACCGGGGUCCUGACGGAUUGCCACCUGGUUAGCACUUUGAUGCACCAAUACGGUGGAAUUGUCAUGUGGGACUACGCGACUGGAGGGCCUCAUCUGAAAAUCGAUGUCAAGGGGGAAAAGCUGGGAUACAAAGACGCUGCAUUCGUUUCCGUUCACAAAUUCCUGGGAGGCCCCCAGACACCAGGGCUUCUGAUCGCUCGCAGGGAGCUGUUCGAAAACAAGGUUCCACACAACUGCGGCGGUGGUUCUGUUCUCUAUGUGUCCAGGACUAAACAAAGAUACCUGGACAGCAUUGAAGCCAGAGAAGAGAGCGGGACGCCUCCAGUCGUACAGUGCAUACGAGCGGGACUGGUAUUCAAAGUAAAAGAGUCGAUUGGAUCUAUAGUUGUUGAAGACCGCGAGACAUUCCUCACAUACAAAGCUAUGGAGAUAUUCAAAACUUUUCCAGGAUUUCAUCUUUUGGGAAGCUAUUUCCUAGAGCGAGUGCCAGUAUUCUCUUUCAUGAUCUUCCACGAACAAUCGGGUCUCUACUUGCACCACAACUUUGUAAACCAAAUUUUCAACGACCUUUUCGGCCUACAGGUUCGCAGUGGAUGCGCAUGUGCCGGGCCAUACGCUAUUGACUUGCUGGGAAUGGACAAAGAAAUGGAAGAAAGAUUCCUGAAAGCGUUUGACAAAGACAUUUCCAAAGUGGACUCUAUCAAACCCGGAUUUUGUCGGUUUAGUUUAGCCUUCUACAGCUCAGACCACGAAAGCGACUUCAUUCUUAAUGUCGUGGAGUUUGUUUGCAAAUUUGGAAUUUAUUUGCUGCCAUUCUACCACUUGGACAUAAAGAGUGGAGUCUGGAGUCAUGUCCAGUCAAAGAAACAUACACAAAGGUUCCGUCACUUGGACGAAUUCAGUUGCACAGACAAUUUACGUGAUAAAUUAGAACACACUUCCCUGAUCUCGAAACAAUUCAGCCAUUUGAAGAUCAAAACAUACAACAGGUACCUCCGAGAGGCACAGCAGCUUGUGGACAAAAUACUGAGCGGAGACGAGAAGCUACCGACGAGGAGUAAGAAUGUGCAAGUGGGAGGCGGAUAUGAUGAACCCAUUUCGUGGUUCAUGACCCAAAAAGAAGCUCUCAAAUGGGUGACCAGUCCAACACUGGCUAAAAUGCAAAGCAACGGCCUCUAUCCAAUUUUCAGGGUCGCCACGUUUCCAGACCCCACAGCAGAGAGGAGGGAGAGAAGAUAUAGCAUCAAACACCACAAUGUGGAGGGAAAACAUACUCUCGCUCUCCCUAUAAUUAACAUCCAAACUAUCGAGGAAGAUGAACACGAUUCAUCAAUGGCUGAUAAUAGCUCUAUGGACAAGUUUCCCCAUUCUCCUGCUUCAAAUGAGCACUCAACGUCAAAAUACAGCUCCUCAAAAUCGAACGGCGUCGAUAGCCAAAAAGCCAUCAUGAAUACUGAAUCUAGGCGCCAGGGACGAGAUCUCUCAAAGCAGAACAUGGCAAUUGAAGCACCGAAAGAUGGCAACACGGUCAUCAAUAUCAACAUAUCAACGCUGACUUCGGAGAGUGUCGAUCAAAUUUUCAGAAGCAGAUACGGUGGAUCAAAGCCUAGAACCGGAAUUCCAUUCUCGAGGCACUUUCUGAGCGACCCAAAAUCAAUUUCAGUGGCCAAACCAAGAAAAUAUCGGGAAAAUAUAGAUUAGAUUCACUAGCAGCUUCACAAAUCUCUUAUCAAUUACUCAAAAUACACAUUCGUACACCUCAAAAUGACAUUGUAUGGAACAUCCUACACCGUGCCAAUAAUUGUAACAACAAGGGUUCUUUUAUCGCAUGCCUCUCCCGCAAAAAGAUAUCCAACUUUUUGGUCUAAUCAUAUACCUCAAUCUAUAAUUUUUGCAUUUAUCGGUACAACAAACAAAUGAUUUAUUUUCGUACAGCUGACUGCUGUCAGUAGUUAAUUUGAAGCUAUUCUUAGAAAUAAUGUAAGAUUAGAACUCUUUCCUUCUUUAGACUGUAA